UCGACCAAUCAGAUGAGUCGUGCCGCAGAUUUCAAAACAGAAAUGGCGGACGUUCGAGCUGUGUUGCAGAGCUGUGACUCGUCUCUGCUGGAUCUCCGUGCGAACUCGGAUCAGUCGGACUCUGCUGAAGCAGCCAUGAUGGUUCUUCACCUGACGGACAGUCGGCGUGUUCAGAAGGUUUUGUGGCGUCAGCUCUUUGUCCUGGACUCCAUGAUGUCUCGACUGGAGAGUCUGGGGUCUGUCCAGCAACUGGUGACACAGCCCUGCCCCCCCCAGCCUGAGGGCGGGGCUCGAGGAAGGUGGAAGGCUCUGAAGGUGGACUACAGGUCGGGGGUGGAGGAGACGGAGACUCUGCUCAGAUCGCUGCAGGACAGAGUCCAACAGAUACACAAUAGACGACACACACUCACACAGCUGGUCCAACAGCUGCACAGCAAGGAGCAGAUGUAUAAACAGGUGGAGGAGUCUUUGCUGAAGGCCCAGAAUGCAUUGCAGUCAUGUGAUCGUCAGCUGACCAAGCUGAGGGUGGAGUCAGAGGCGGUGGCCAGUCAGCUGAUCCACUGGAAGCGUCUUAGAGACGAGCUGCAGGAGCACGUCUCUGCAGCGCAGAGCGUCAUGCAGAUCAAACUGCUGUCCGUCAGCCAAUCAGAGCUGUGCGUAGAGCUCAGGCCACGCCCCUCAUCUGACCUGUCGUCCAAUGAGCUGGAGCCGCUGAAGCUGUCAGUCAGCUGGAGUGUGGACGACCGUUUCAGACUUCAGGUGGACGAGGGGACGGCCGGUCUGGUGGAGGACUGUUCCUCGGGCAAACGGGCGCAGCUGCGCGCCGCCCUGCUGGAGGUGAUGCAGUGUUACGUGGGUCAAGCUGAGCUGCUGUCGGAGGUCCAGGUCCUGAGGUCCAGUUUUGCCAUCGACUGGCGUCCUGCUCAGCGUCAGUUGAUCUUCCUGAAGUCGUCGUCGGUGGUUUGUCACCUGGAGGUGGAGGAGGGUUACCCGGGCAACGGAAGAGCUCAGCUGUUGUCGGUGCAGAGGGACGGACGACCUGUGGACAUGUGUGGACUGAAGCCUCAGAAACCCGUCCUCCGUCUCAGGGACUGGUUGAUCUUUCUCUCUACUUGUCCUCUCAUCUGAUGGACGAUGUUUAUUUCUUCAUGUGUCCACUAGAGGUCUGUGUGUUGAUGUGGCUUUGUCAUGUGACCUGUUAUGUUAUAUUAAUGUGUAAAUAAAG